UUCAGUCCCAAAUUUCACAGCUGACAUGCAGGUAGGCCUUUACUUAUACAAUAUCAGUUUCCCAAAUUAUUUAGAUAGUAGUGAUUUGUUUGGAAUAUGUUUUCGAGGUUUUCCCGUGGUUCGUCCACCACCCAAAUUAUGUGUUUAGUGCGGGGUGGUGGUUGUAAGUCCAAUCCAACCGAAUCGCUAUGCCCCGCAGCAUUUCAGGCACACCGCAACAUAAGUCACUUGACAGGGAGUCGGCUGCGUUGGAAAAUCGGAGUGAUGCAGUUGCUCAGUGGCCUGCGACAUCGAUACUGCCUGUGGCGCCUCCGCCGCCUGUUGGGCGUGGCAUUCGACGAGGGCGGAUUCCAGGAGGGCACUCGCCAGGCAGCGGUCACCAUGAUCGAGGCAGUGCGGCAAGCGGACUGGCCCUGCAUCCGGAGUUGCUGCACGGAGCGGGGAUCGGCCGAUAUCUACGGCAUGUCCCAGGUGAGGAGUCCCUACUGGAGUUUGGUUCGCUUCCAAAGGGAGCACCUGCGCCAUGCCCUUCCCCUGCGAGUGGUACGUCGCUGGAUCGAUGGUCGCUAUUACGUCCUGGUGGACAUGCUCUUUGUCGGCCUACGCAACCUCCUGGAUCUCGGCUCCGAGCAGGAAAAGGAGGAAAUGCUCCAGCGCAUUCAGAGUGUUCUAGUGAAUUCCCGGAUCGACGAUCAGUUUGAUCCGAAGAACUGCCGCCUGGCAAUCGGCGAACUAGUGCUCACCUUCUCCAAGGAACUGGGCCACACCCAGUUGGAAGCCCAGGAUCCGCGGGAUGUCGAGGGUGAGGAUCAGGAGAGCGGCUGGCUGGUGGACUCCUACAAGGUGCACCGCUUCAAGCUGAUCAGCUUCAGUCCAAAAACACUGAACCUACGCGUUAUUGACUUUCUGAAACCGGUUCAGCCGAAGUAACUCUCACUAAGUCUCCGUUCUGAAGGUGUUGUUAUUGAAGCACUCGAAAAAUUUCAGUCACGUGCCGUUCUCCGGUUCAUCGAUCCCUCGUUAUAGUCAUUAGCAUUAAUAUGAACCCACAAUCCACCGACCGUCGCUCGACUCCAGUCCGCAGUAAACUGAUCCGCUGGGAAGGCAGCCUGGCAUAUUUAUGGCAUGGAGAGGCUUGCUAGCACUUUUAAAUUGCUGCGAGUAUUUCAAUAAAUGUGUGUCAGUGUGUCUUACUAAAAACGC